AUGGAAGACUUGUGUUCCAGAGAGAUGGCUUCUGUGGAAUGCCAGCCGGAGCAGGUGUGGUUCCUCUGCCAGCUGACCAUCGCUGUCCUGUGUGUGUCCUGUGUCAUUGGCGUCGGUGGCAGCAUGCUGGUGCUUGGAUGGAUGACCUUCUUCCGAAUGACCCGCACCGUGACCACCACCUGGUUCUUCAUCCUGGCCCUGGCAGACCUCACCGUUUCACUGUCACUGCCUAUCGCCAUGUUCAACGUGGCCUAUGGCUCGUGGCCCUUUGGUAACUUAGCCUGUAAGUUGUACAUGGCCUUUCUGUCCCUUAACUCCUUCGCCAGUAUCUACCUCCUGGUCCUUAUCUCUGUGGACCAUUGCGUCUCUGUGCUCUACCCUGUCUGGGCCUGGAACCAUCGCACGGUGCAAAGAGCCAGCUGCAUGGCCGUCGUGUGGUUCCUGGCUGCUGUCGCGUGUUCUCCUUACUUGACGUUCCGGGACACUGGAACCUGGAAGGGGUGCACACAUUGCUACUUCAAGUUCAAGUCCACUUGGGAUCCAAUGGAUUCCAUGAAGCAAAUGACACUGACCAUCAUUUGCUUCUUGCUGGGCUUCCUGGUGCCUGUGGCGGUCACUGGCACCUGUGCCCAUCUCAUCUGGCGGGAGGGCCGGGUCCAUGCCAGCCGGCCCAAGAGGCUGCUGGUGGUGUUGGUCAGCACCUUCUUUGCCUUCUGGUUUCCAUUCGAUAUGGCGUUGAUCGUCCAGUCGGGGCUUAUGAUGACAUCUCAGCAGCAAUACAACCACGCUAAGAUGCUGUCCUUCCUUUGGGCCACCUUCUCCUUCAGCUGCCUCAACAGCUGUCUCAACCCCUUCCUCUGUGUCAUCAUUGGCCAAGAUUUCCAGGAAAGGCUUUUCCAGCCUCUGUCUUCUGCUCUGGCCAGGGCGUUUGGGGAGGAAGGUUUCAUUUCAUCCUGUCCCCAUGGUGAAGCUCCCAGGGGAUGCUGGAAACGCUCAGGUGGCCAGCCACGGCCUGCUGACCUGGGCUGCGGGGCCCCUCCUGCCCUUCCCGUGUCUGCUGCCUGGUUUGGUCACCACCAGGUCAUCACCGAUCUCACUUUCACUGUGCUCCUGCCACUAAGCCUCACCUGGACGCUCUCCUGCUGGCCCCUGGGUGGUGACUUUUGCCACAUGGACCCAAGCCUGGCCUUCCUGACCUUCUGGGUCAGUGGCCGCCUGCUGACCCGAGUGGCCGCCAACUGCUACACUGCACUGGGACAGCCUGCCUGGGAGUUGGGCCACCGCAGGGCUCGGCGGGUGGUUUUCUGGAGUGCCGGGUUCUGGCUCCUGCUGGUGAGCCUGGGCAGACUGACCCUGCGAGCCGUGAGGACCCAGGCCAGCCUGGCUGUCCCUUAUAACAGGACUCCUGCCACUGGGUCCCCUGGCCUUGAUCAGGACUCCAGGCCCUCGGGUCCCUUGUUGGACCAGAUGGUGUUUGGGUUUGGGGUGCCACUGGGGGUGCUAAGCACCUUUCACCGUGUUCUGAGGGCCCAGCUGCAGCUGGCCAGGCUCAGCGGGUGGCCCCCCACUGCUGAACCUGUCCUGGGCCACCGUGGCCGUGCACUUUCUGUGCUGGUUCCCUUUCCACCUGCUGAUGUUGCCCGAAGCUGGGCCGGACUUGGAGGACGUCUGGGUGCUGCUCAGACCCCUGGUGGUCACCCUCGUGGGGACCAGCGGCUGGCUCAACCCCCUGCUCUGUGUGUGACCAGGACUUUCAGAGAUGGCCCUGUCACGGGGAGUGGACGGGGAGGGCCCGGUACUGGACGUGGAUGCUCAGCCAUCCUGAGGGGACCUGAAAGGAAUGGUGGCCUUCGCAUCUCCUGA